AUGGCUACCCGCCUGAAAACUGACCAGCGGGUACUCAAUGUCCUGAUCUACGCAGGAGCGGGAGUAACCCCCGAAUGUCUCCGCCAAUGCACCCAGUCCCUGAAGCGUCUCGUGGGAUCCAAAUAUGCUGUUUCCCACAUAACAGCAUCGACUCUCAAGACCGAACCCUGGCAGUCAACUUGUGCUCUGUUGGUUUUUCCUGGUGGCGCCGACCUCCCCUUCUGUCGCGACCUCAACGGCCCCGGCAACCGCGUCAUUGCCGACUACGUCCGCAACGGAGGAGCUUACUUGGGCUUCUGCGCCGGAGGCUACUAUGGCAGCGGCCAGUGUUGGUUUCAGCUCGAUGACCCAAGCCAGGAUGUCAAGGGCCCGAGAGAGCUGGCUUUCUUCCCGGGCACUUGCGGUGGUCCUGCCUUUAAGGGAUUCCAAUACCACUGUGAAAUGGGCGCCAAGGCUGCCAAACUUUCUGUGAGAAAGGAAGCCUUCACUGGUGGCCAAGCGCCGCCUGAUGUCUUCAAAUCGUACUACAAUGGAGGCGGAGUCUUCCUCAAUGCCGAGGCGAUGGAAUCCGACGGGGUCGAAAUCCUUGCCGAAUAUGCAGACCGUAUCGAUUUCCCGUCUGGUAAGACACAGGCUGCUGUGGUAUUUUGCAAGGUUGGUCAGGGUAAAGCCAUACUCACAGGACCACACCCAGAAUUCUCUGGCACCUCUUUGAAAUCGCAGCCUGACAUCCCGGGUUACGACAAGCUUGUAGAGGAGGUGACGGCGGACGAAAGUGCACGACUGGAAUUCCUUGCGGCAUGUCUCAGCAAGAUGGGGCUGUCACUCUCUCCCAAGGCUGCAUGGGAUGAUAUUCCCCGACUAACGACCAUGUUGAACAUCUACUGCCAGGGAGGGCACCUUGAGUCCCUCCUAAACCGCCUCACGGGGCGAAGCUAUGCGGUCAUAACUGAUGGGAGCAUCUGGCUCGAGGAUAAGUACGGAUCGGAUAUGUUCCAUCUCGAGUGGACUACUGACGGCUCAUGUUCAACCAACUACGAACCACGAAAGUCUGACAAAAUUACUUGGCGACUCAAUGUUGGCUCUAAGGUAGCAGGCCAAGGGGACGACGAGUCAGGCACAGAGUUUGACCACGACAUUUACUACGCUAGCUUGGAAGAAUUUAGAACGCUUGAAUCCAGCCGUGGGUUCAGUACAUGGAAGCAAGCAUUGGGGACACAUGGCGCAUGGUGUCCGACCCUAAGCUGGGGCAACCACUUGAUGUAUGGGGACACUGUCACGAGUACUAAUACUUUGCUCUCAAGCAACCCCCAGCUUCUUUCCAAACUAGAGUCCGGCUUCACCUUUACCGCCACUCGCCAGGUGGCAGGCCGUGGCCGGGGCAACAACGUCUGGGUCUCCCCCGCCGGCUGCUUGAUAAUGUCAACGGUCAUCAACCACUCAGCGAAUGUAAUUGCUUCACGCCCGUUAGGCUUCUUCAAUUAUCUGGCGGCAAUUGCUAUCGUCGAGGCCAUCAAGGGAUACGACCACGAGGAUGACAUUUACCAAAAGUUGGACGUCAAGAUCAAGUGGCCGAACGACAUCUACGUUCGAGACCCGAGCAAGCCCAACGAGCCAGCCUACGUCAAAGUUGGCGGUAUCCUCGCCAACUGUUCUUACAGCGCUCCGAAUUAUCAGGUUGUCCUCGGCAUCGGACUCAACACGAACAACGCCCAACCCACGACCAGUCUCGAUGCACUUCUUAAGUGGACUGCUAGCAUGCUAGAAGGCGACAAGCCAUCUCCACCGCCGUUCAACAUAGAACGCCUGGUGGCCAGAAUUGUCAUCUGCCUCGAGAUCCUCUACGACCACUUCCUGCGGAAGGGCUUCUCGGACGAGGUGGAAGCCUUGUACUACAAGCAUUGGCUGCAUACCAACCAGAUCGUCACCCUUGAAGAUGAAGACGGCGUGAAGGCCCGCGUACUGGGUAUCACCAAGGACCAAGGCCUUCUGGUGGCCGAGGAGGUCAUGGAGGACGGCAUCGAACUGAACUCGUGGAAGGGAACGGGUACAAUGUUCCAGUUGCAGAGCGACGAGAACGGGUUCGACUACUGGAAGGGACUGAUCAAGAGGAAGGUCUAGCAGAAAAUCACUGACAUUCCUAUUUCUGUUUCGGUUCCCAAGUUCGCCCAACCUCCCGGUCACAGCAAUGGGGUAUUUGAGAUGUCUCCUUCCGCUGAGACAUUUCAUGGGCCUCUAUCGGUUCAGUCUCGGCCCUUCAAGAGACCAUAUUCACCUGAGGUAACCGUGACUGUUACUGAGCUUCCUGAGACUCCGGCAACGACUCCCAAGAAGGCGAGAAUCACUCCCGACAUGAAACCAGCCCAGUUGAUCCCAGCCAUCGUGGUGACUUCGCCGGGCAGAACGAGCCGUGUCCCACACCCGGGAUACUGGUGGUAUGGGUGAUCAUGCCUGAACUUCUUGGUACCUUGCUGCAGUCAGCGCAAGUCUCUUUGCUCGGAAAUCAUUUUGAGCCGAUGGAACAAGUUGUCAGAGUUUGGUACCAUCACAGCCAGGUUUGCAUUCUCUUUAGAAUUUGGUUGGCAUUUUUCGAGGAAUUCAUUUCAGAAAAGAACAGCGAAACAUGGUAUAUGAGGUUAGAGUAGAUGGCACAUGAGCGUUAUGAUACAACAAGCGUUGCAGUUGCAGAUGUAGACACUGGAUACCGUUGGUACCACUAUUGUCAUAAGAGAUACAAAUAGAGUGCAGCCUUUCCAACAUGUAAAGCCAUGACGAGAGUACAUAGUCAAAGUUACCUACCUAGAGGUACCUGGUGUAGCUACCAGUGCUUUCAUGAACUCAUAGCGAG